AUGCGAAUCAUUAGUCACUCCACACAACCACUUCCUUCGAACUCAUUUAAUUCAACCACAAGAGGUCACACCAUGAUCAAUACAAAUACAAACACUCAUCCACAUACUGCCAGCUCCUGGUUCCAUAAUAAUAUUAAUAACAACAUUACUAACCAUGUUUCGAAAUAUGAAGAAUCAUCGAUCAAAAAUAAUCAACCAUCCUCCUUUCUCAUCACAACACACCUCGAAGAAAUGAGUUUCUAUCGUCACCUGAACAAAAACAACACUUCCUCGUGUACUACUUCAGAAGGAAAUUCCAAAUAUGCAUCUUCCUCUCCAAUGAAUAACACUUCCUCAAAUCGUCUUACUCAUCACUCAAACAACCAACCAUUGUUGUGCUCUCCCAUGCCGACACUCACCCAAUCAGAAAGUCAAGAAAUCAAAGCAAGAAGAGAAAUGCUGAACAAGGAAUCACAGAACUCCCCAACACAAAUCAUUUGUGAUUCGGGAACCUCGUCAUCGGGAAAAAAGGCGUAUCACAGAACUUUUGCACAAGUUCGCAAACACCCAUUUGGGACAACGAUUCACGACGAAAAGACUCUUCAUGACUCCAACCGUUCAAACAUUGCCAUUCGUGACUUCACUAUCCAGAAUGGUUCAAAAAAGUCAUCACUCGUCGUUUUUUCGUCGUCUGAGUUGGCCACCCACAACAACGACCUUGUUUAUAUGCAAAAGAAAAGCCAUUCUGAUAGUUGUUCUCAAGUCGAAAGAAUGACACCAAGUCCCACAUCAACGUCACAAUUCAUUCAUUCUUCACCAAAGCUUCGACCUUUAUCACCUCUGAGACCUGAUUCCAUGAAUGAUGCAUCUACGAUCAUCUCUUCUCCAGUGAAUUCAUGUCAACACCAACCUGAAUCAUUAACAUUUUCAACGUCACAAACCACAACAAAUGGAAUUGCUUCAUCGAGUGGUUCAAAACUUUGGAAGUUUUGUUCUCCUCAAACACCAGAUUCCGUUCGUCAAUUAAGAAUUGAUAAACAACGAAAGAUGGAAAAGAUUAAUUCCAUUAAAAACACUCCCAUCAUUACCAAAUGUGAUGUUCUGACAGGAAGUUGUUUGUUGGAAUGGAAAGUCUCAGUGGUUGGUGAGAGGAGAAGUCAAUCCAUGCAGCAGAUCAAAAGAAGACAACAAUUCGUACGAGCUCCGGGAUCCUCCAACGGAGGAGGAGGAGAUGGUUCUUCUCCACAUUAUUUGCCUCCAAGUAAUUCAUCACUCCAAACAUGUUGUUCAUCAUCAUUACUCUCUUUAUCUCAUAAUAUGGAGAAAUCGGGUACGACUCGUAGGGAAUCAGAUCCUGCUCUCAUCCAUCAAGCUGCAACAAUUUUCCCUUCAUGCCAAACAACUUCAACUAACUCCUCAUUCUCACCUUUUGAACCGCUUGGUUCUCCAACCAUGGCUCCUCACAUUCACCAACACUCUCGAGAGACAGUUGGUGUUUCAGAUGAGAGCAGUAGUAGUGGUUCCCAGAGGCAUCAUCAUCAUCAUCAUCAUCAAAAGAAACAUUCUCAACCAUUCACAAUCCGAACCUCUAUUUCUAUCCAGGAUCUCUUGAAUUGA